UUAAUACACACACUUCCUGGUUCGAUCAGACCAUGAUAUCGUCUGCUAGUGAGAAAACAUAAUGGAUAUAUGUCAGAAUGGCGGGAUUGACUGAAUUUUAAGAAAGGUCAAUACCAGGCAACAAUAAUGUCUAGGAAGGGAAAAUCAAAAGAAUGAGCAAUCUGGAUAUAAUAUCUGCUGCCAAAAAUGGCGACCUACAGGCUGUGAUUAAUUGCAUUAAUUACGGAGUAUCCGUGGAUACCAGAGACAAGGAUAAUGCUACCCCACUAUACUGGAGCUGUUGCCGUGGUUACACGAAGCUAAGCGCCGAGCUGAUCAAACUUAAACCUGACCUCAACGCCAAAGUCACCUGGGGGUCAACUGCAUUGCAUGCAUCAUGUGACCGUGGUCAUAUUGCUUGUGUGACAUUGUUAAUUCAGAGCGGCGCUGAUCUAGACCUGCAAAACAAGACUGGAAAUACUGCACUUCAUUUGUCGGCAUAUAGGGGAAAUCUAGACAUAGUAAAGUUACUGGUCCAAAAUGGAGCUAAUGUAUUUCUCCGCAACGAGAAAAGAAGAAGUGCGGCGGAGGAAGCAGAAGCGGGAUUCCAUACUCACACAUCUCAGUUCCUUCACAGAAAAAUGACAGAUUACGAAAAUAAAUGGAGGGAAAGUGAAAGUAGAAUACACAGUUGUCCGGAGAUUAUUAGAAGAAAAAUCAACGAGCCCGCAUCGGAAACAGAAUGUUACACACAAAUAAGUAAAGACGGACAAAGAUGCUUGUCAGCAACACUUACAGAAUGUUUUACGUAUGACCUCGAAUUAAACUGCGCCAAAACAUGCUCUUGUGUAGAAAAUAAAGAGAAAGAGAAACAUGCCAUACAAGACAGUGAUAUUUCAAAAGGUUGUAAGGUUGUAAGCGCAACAGAGAGUCGAGAAGCUCUAGUCGCGUUGGUGGAAAAGCUUCAGUUGCAGAUAGUUAAAGUCAACGAAGAAAUUGUUCAGAAGGAUAAAAAUAUUAAAGAGCUAAGUGUAUUGAACGAAGAACUCACUUCUGAGAUAGGAAAGUAUAAGAUUGUCUGCAAAAGACUUAAUGAACAGAAGACGGUUUUGGAAGAGAAACUGAAAGUGCACUCCACUGUUAAAAAAUCGGUUGAUCAUUUGUAUGAUUUCUUACAAGAGACCUCACAAGCACACCCCUCUUGUUCCUUUACAGAUAAUUAUUUUGAAGUUUUAAAAGAAAGGAUGAAGCGGAAGUGGUUAGAGCCUCCAUCGGAACAACCUGUGGACACGCCCAUGAAGGAGUGGUUUCCAGGGACUGAUUACGUAGUCAAUGGAGAUCGACCAACCAAAACGGAGACUAAUGGAACUGAAUCCUUGACAUUUCUUAUAAGACAUUUAAAAUCUGGAAAGUUUUGUGAUCUCAAGAUGAAACUGCUAAGCGACGAUCCUAAUGCCUCAACAUUCGGAUAUUACUCAGUGCCACAAUGUGCUUUGGAAAUCCAAAAGCUUCAUAGACUUUCGGUCUUGAAACAUCCGAACAUUCUGAAAUCCUUGCAUGUCUUUCGAGGAUCAACGGAAAGAUUUCGAAAAUUUCUUUCUGUUCUUGUCCCACGAGGAUCCAUGAAUUCCAUUGAAAUUCCGAGACAGGCUUUUUUUCUUGUGACGGAGCAUUAUUCACAUACCCUUCAGUCUUUCGUAACAUCGCUCCGGGGCGUGACCCCGGCUCCUUUAUACGGGUUAACGGAUGAGUUUCUCCUAUGUAUAGUGUACCAAAUGUUGUCUGCUCUCUGUUAUUUGAAGCGAUAUGGAAUUGUCCACAGAGACCUACAUUCAGGAAAUGUGUACAUGUCCGACCGUUUUUGUCCGGUGAUUGGAAAUUUCGAUAUGGCUCUAUGUGUUCUUGACAAUGACAAUCAACAAAUCGUGCUCCAAGAACAAUGUCAAAUCAUGGCGGGAAAUUCAAAUGCUUGGUCACCUGAACUUAUACAGUACAAUAGAAAUGCACAGCAGCUGAUAUCAAAGAAGGUAACACUUAUGAUUAUUUACGACAAAUCUGACCUUUACGCAAUCGGGAGGAUGCUACACACACUUUUUCUGCUUCCGGAAGUCGACAAGAGAUUCCAGCAGACUGUUGAAGAGAAUCCAUGUUACAAAUCACAGGAGAUACCGGAACUUCCGGCAUCUGUACCACGGGGUCUUAGGAUUCUGUUGAAAAAUCUCGUUUAUAGUAAUCCUUCUGAAAGACUGAGUGAUCAGCAAUCCAAGCUCUUCAUUGGAAUCCUUAUGUUCGGCCCCAAAACCAAAGAACUUCACAGUAUUGACGAUAUUCAUACGUAUUGUCACUCACGAAUGCUUCAUCUACUGGGACAAGACGAAAGAAUUCUGAAAACACCUAACCCAACAUUUGAAGAAAUCCAAGACGUUAUCUCACCGGAACUGGAAAGUGACUUUUUAUCAACUGCAGGAGAAGAUUCAUAUUUUGAUAUGUACAAAAGACUCUGUUCUUUAAAAUGUUUACAAUAAAAUAAAUUAAAAUUUA